CGUUCGCGCUGACAGCUCCAGACUCUACUCGUGUUUCCCGCCAGACAGUGAGUCCUGUCUCGCGAUGAUGACCUCACAAUUACGUAUUUCCUGGGCCUCACGGAAAGGCUGCGUUCAAUCAAUCCCGGAAGCGGAGUCAAGGCGAAGGAAUCUACUCUAAAGAUGAGCGAACCAGAGCUGCUGCUGGACUCCAAUAUCCGGUUAUGGGUGGUUCUUCCAAUUGUUUUCAUAACAUUCUUUGUUGGGAUGAUUCGUCACUACGUGUCCAUCUUGCUCCAAAGUGACAAAAAGCUCACUAGGGAACAAGUGUCUGACAGCCAAGUCCUAAUUCGAAGCAGAGUCCUCAGAGAAAAUGGAAAAUACAUUCCAAAACAGUCUUUCCUGACACGGAAGUAUUUCUUCAAUAACCCAGAGGAUGGAUUUUUUAAAAAAACAAAAAGGAAGGUAGUGCCCCCUUCUCCAAUGACAGAUCCUACUAUGCUGACGGAUAUGAUGAAAGGGAAUGUAACCAAUGUUCUACCCAUGAUCCUUAUCGGCGGUUGGAUCAACAUGACGUUCUCGGGCUUUGUAACAACAAAGGUACCAUUUCCCCUGACACUGCGCUUUAAACCAAUGCUGCAGCAGGGAAUUGAGCUGCUCACUUUGGAUGCAUCCUGGGUGAGUUCUGCUUCAUGGUACUUCCUGAAUGUGUUUGGACUUAGAAGCAUUUAUACGCUCAUCCUGGGUCAAGAUAAUGCUGCAGACCAAUCUAGGGUGAUGCAGGAACAGAUGACAGGAGCAGCAAUGGCCAUGCCCGCAGAUACUAACAAAGCCUUUAAGACGGAGUGGGAAGCUUUGGAACUGACUGAUCAUCAGUGGGCAUUAGAGGAUGUGGAAGAAGAGCUCAUGGCAAAAGAUCUCCACUUUGAAGGCAUGUUUAAGGAAGAGUUACAGACGUCUAUCUUCUGAAAGCAGAGUUGAGUUUUCAUGCAAAGGUGUUUAAAAAAAAAAUCGGUUACUUACUAAAAUAUACUGUACUUUUUGAUGCUCAGAAUAAAAGAUCAGAACUGCAGUUAUCUAACUUCCACUAAUGUGAGACUCAAAAGAGUUAUUGUUCCCAUCUGUCUUCAAGGUAUAUUUGAUCCAAAGGGGAUCAGUAUAGGUUUCCAGUUACUACGAGAGGUUUUUCUUUUUAGAAGACAUGCAUCUUUCAGUCAUGGCAGCUAAAACAAGAGGCUUAUUGACAAACAAUAACUUCUAGUUCUAUCAUAAACAAAUGAAAAAUAGGGUUUUGGAGAUAAAGACCUCAAAACUUCACUACAACACUUCAAACAUCAAACAGAUGAAGUAAUGCACUAGUCACCUGUAUUUUCUCCUUUAAAUCAUUCAGACAGCUAGAAAUGCAAUUGAUCUUUGAUGUUAAAACAGUAAAACAAAGUCGAAAAUAUAACCAUAUCAGAAGAAGAAAUGCAGAACUGAAGUACCAAAAAACUAUAUCGCUCAUCUUUCAGAAUCAGCCUCAACAUUCAGUUUCCUCAGGUUUUGAUUUUUUCUCCUUGUGUUUAUAGUCUUUUCCCAUUUUAUCAGGUUUUGUUUUCCUCUGAGAAAACCAUACAAAGAAAAAAAACCUUGAAAUAACACUGAACGAAUACCACACAAGCAACUGUUGUCAGAAUUAUUGUUCCUCUGAAAAACCAAGAUAUGAAGUGCAGUUUGCAGAUGUAUGUAAUAUAUAUUCCACUCGUUUUGACCUAAGAUGAUGUGUAACAGGGAGCACAAGAAGUACAGUCCACAUUCCCCAAAUUCACACUGCCCUUGGAAACGUUAAUAUUGGAUUAUGGUUCUUGGUGUUUUUACUGUACUUAACUGUUUGCAUAGACUUAAUGUGAUAUAAGUAUGUGUAACAGUGACCUGGUGUCUACAACUUAAGUUACUAGUAAAAUAAUUCUUGCUUUUCUUUUGAUGGUA